AUCAUGACAGUCAUCUGUCAUCAAAAUAUCAAAUAGGUACCGAAUCCGGCUUGAGUUGUUACUGUACAAUCUGAAAUAAUUGCAAAAAUAUUGUUUUAUUUAGAAAUAACAGUGCUUAUCAUCAAAUUAUAUAUCAACCAUGGCUCGGCGUUAUGAUACCCGUACAACGAUAUUUUCUCCCGAAGGUCGUUUGUACCAAGUUGAAUAUGCUAUGGAAGCCAUCAGUCAUGCUGGUACGUCCCUUGGCAUCCUGGCUACUGACGGCAUCCUUCUUGCUGCUGAACGUAGAAACACGAAUAAGCUAUUAGAUGAGGUGUUUUUCUCUGAAAAAAUUUACAAACUAAAUGAUGACAUGGUCUGUUCUGUUGCUGGAAUCACGUCAGAUGCUAACGUUCUUACCAAUGAGUUGAGGUUGAUUGCUCAGAGGUACUUGCUGCAGUAUGGGGAAUCAAUUCCCUGUGAACAACUUGUCUCAUGGCUGUGUGAUGUGAAACAAGCUUAUACACAGUAUGGAGGAAAGCGUCCAUUUGGUGUAUCAAUUCUUUACAUGGGUUGGGACAAACACUACGGCUACCAAUUGUACCAGUCUGACCCCAGCGGUAACUACGGAGGAUGGAAGGCAACUUGCAUUGGAAAUAACAGCGCUGCUGCUGUAUCAAGUCUGAAACAAGAAUACAAGGAGAAUGAGACAACACUGGCUGAAGCGCAAGCCUUGGCCAUCAAAGUUCUAAGCAAGACUCUUGACAUGACUAAACUCACCCCUGAAAAAGUGGAAAUGGCAACACUGACCCGUAAAGACAAUAAAACAAUAAUUCGCGUACUAACAAGCCCUGAGGUGGAGAAACUCAUUGCUGCCUAUGAGAAAAGUGAAGCAGAAGCAGAAGCCGCCAAGAAGCAACCACCCAAAUCAUAAUUCUUAUUUUGUACUAAAUGCAUAAGUAUUCUUUUAUUUGCCCAUUAAAUAUUUUAAACUGUCACUUACA